AUGACCUCGUCCACUGGCCACGGACGGCGGGACAUCCAUCGGUCUUUCUGGGGCCAGGCAUUUCGCCUGACCACUUUCCUGGUCAUUGUGUCGGUCAUCUUGGCACUGAUCUUUGGCGUGCUGCUUCCCUGGCGCGACUCGCUGCGGGGCCUCCCCUCGGGGCACACCCUGCUGCCGAUCUUCACCUCGCUCGGGGUGCACCUGUGUCUGUGGCCCGCCGCGGUGACCGGCCUCAUGAGUGCCCUCACGUUUGUCAUCUGCUCGACGCGCGAUCCGGGGGCCGUCCCGGUCAACUGGAUCCCCCCCGGCGGGGGCGCGGACAAGCUCGUCAAGUCGCCAGAGCCCGACCCCGCCGACAGUGCCGCCGGCGCCCAGUUCCUCACCUAUACCGGGUACCAUGAGCCGGCGGCCGGCAAGACGCGCCCUCUGCAGGCCGGCGCGCCGGCCACCUCGGCCAGCUUCGCCCAGGCCUCGGCCGCGGCAGCCCCCCCGCAUGAUGACUGCCACGAGGCGGCCCCCAACGGCAGUAACUUCUGCGAUCGGUGUAGCAUCUUCCGGCCGCCACGGACCCGGCAUUGCUCGCACUGCCAGCGAUGCAUCCUCCGAUUUGACCACCAUUGCCCGUGGAUCGGCAACUGCGUCGGCGCGCACAACCACGCCGACUUCGUGCGCUUCCUCAUCUGGACAUGCGUUGCCUCGGCGGUGUACAUUGUGGCCUCCUGCCUGCGCCUGGCGGCGUACUAUUUCAUCGCCAGUGUCACGGAAUUCGACGGCCGGGCCACACUGGCCGAUCGGACGAUGCUGACCGGCCGGGCCACUGUCGGUGGCUUCCGCGCGGCUCGGCACCUGGCGUCUGCCACCGCCCUCAACAGCAUCCCAAUUCUCACCCAUUACCCGGUGUCGCAGUCCGCCAGCGGGCAGAUGUCCGGCUGGCAGAUGACCAGCAUCGCAUACACCUUCGUCCUGGCGGUCACGGCGCUCAUGUGCGUGUCCCUCCUGCUGGCAUCGCAGCUGAUGGGCCUCUGGGGCAACUACUCCGGCAUCGAGGAGCUGGACCAGAUGGCCACCGACCGCAUGCUCCGGUCCGGGGAGAUCUCCUUCCAGGAGGCGCAGUUCCCCUAUGACCUGACCCAAAUUGGCCGGUCGCCCUUGGCCAAUGUCAAAACGGUCAUGGGCCCUCGGUGGUGGCUCUGGCUGUUGCCGAUCAACCAAAAUGCCCCGGACGCGGGCAUAUCUUUCGAGACGAUCUUCGACCAUGUCGUCCCGGAGGUCCCGUAUGCUCAGAAGCACCAGUGGCCGCCGGAGGCCGUGAUCAACCGCCGGCUGCAGCGGCGCCGGCGCCGGCGGGCCCAUCGUGACCGCCACAACCUGCGCGAGGACGAUCGCGAGUCUCUGCUGGACGAGUCCCCGGCCGGGUCGAGUGCUGGCCAGCUCGGCAAGCAGCGUGACUCCCCAAGCCGCGGCUUGGGGUAUCGGUUCUUCGGCCGCGCGCCGAGCUCCUCGGCGGCCCUGCACACCCAUGACCCGCUGCUGGCCACGGGCAGCGACCCCGGCCAUGAUCUUGCAUCUGAUGCUUCGCCUGUGGUGCGCAGCUCCAGUCGCCCGCACAGUGCGGACUACUCCCAGCCGCGGUUCCCCUCGCCGUAA